AUGGAGGAUAAUUUUGUGCAAGUUCGAGAAAUUGCAUUGUGCACCGCAAUAAAUGCAGUCGGCGGCGGGCGGGGCGCGGGUGGCGGCGGCGGCGCGGUGGGGGGGCGGGGGCGCGACGGCGGCAGUGUGCGGCCGGCGCUGCGAGCAGGCAGUCGCAUCGAGGAUCGCGCGGCCGCGCACCGCGCAAGUCUCGCGAACACGGGCCGACAACGCGAGCGCCAUGGUAUCGUGGGCGCGUGGAGGCGCCGCGCCGUCGACGACUGCGAGGAGCGCUCAGAGCCGGGCGCGUCCAGCUCGGGUGUGCCACGUGCGCCUCCCAACUGCGCGCGCUGCCGCAACCACCGACUCAAGGUCGAGCUGAAGGGGCACAAGCGGUACUGCAAGUACCGGUAUUGCACGUGCGAGAAGUGCCGGCUGACGGCAGACCGGCAGCGGGUGAUGGCGCUGCAGACGGCGCUGCGGCGUGCGCAGGCGCAGGACGAGGCGCGCGCGCGGGCUAUCGAGUCGGGGAUGCAGCCGACGGGCGCGGAGUUGGAGCGGCCGGAGCCGCCGGUGGUGAAGGCGCCGCGCUGCCCGGCCGUGCCGCCGCCUCCGCGCUCGCUGGGCUCCGCCAGCUGCGACUCCGUGCCGGGCUCCCCGGGGGUGUCCCCGUACGCACCGCCGCCGCCCUCGGUCCCGCCGCCGCCUGCCAUGCCGCCGCUGCUGCCGCCGCAACAACCAGCGGUGUCCCUUGAAACGCUAGUGGAGAACUGCCACAAACUGCUGGAAAAGUUCCACUACUCCUGGGAAAUGAUGCCCCUGGUGCUGGUCAUUCUAAACUACGCCGGCUCCGACCUCGACGAGGCUUCUAGAAAAAUUGAUGAAGGGAAGAUGAUCAUCAACGAGUACGCGAGGAAGCACAAUCUGAACAUCUUCGAUGGCCACGAGCUGAGGAACUCGACUCGCCAUGACCGGACCAAAACUUCGAAAUUCGAAUUGAAAAUGCUGAGCGAAAUUAAUAAUAUAAGUGGUGUACUAUCGUCGUCCAUGAAGUUAUUUUGCGAAUGAUACUUUGUUUUGUAUGUGCUGUGUGUUGUGUGGACUUUUGCUGUGCGUUGCUGUUUGCGAUGGAAGGACUAUUGUGUCGUCGCCACGCUGGACUAUUCGCACAUUGGGUGGUCCACCAGUGGCGGAUGUACGAGCGGUCGCUGUGCUCGCUCCUGGAGCUGCAAGCGCGCAAAGGGACGUACUCGGUGUGCUGCUCACCCCGCUACGUCAUCGCGCCCGAGUACGCGUCACACCUGUUGCCUCUGCCGCUUACCACGCAGAGAUCAUCCCCGCCGCCCGCGCACUUGUAGCGAUGCGAACCUGCGCCGCGGGAAGCGGCGCAAGAACCCGCCGAUGCCCCGGCGUCGUCGUCGGGUGCCACCGAGUCCUAGGUUCGAUUCGCGGCGCAGGUGGGCAUGCAGUGCGCAGAACUGCUUUCUUAAAUAAGAUCUGUGUAAAUUACGUGUUAUGUGUAUACCACGUUGAACAGUACCUUGAAUAUUGUUUUUUUUUGUGUUUUAAGUGUUAAACAUGUUAUUGAGGCGGUUCGUGUAGUUGGAAAAGAAAAUGGCUGAAAUAUUUUCACGACAAAAACAUUUUUUAAACCAAUCAAUUUUUGUUUUAUUUCGAAUAAAUAUUUGAUUUUGGAAACAUUAGUGUUCAAAAAUAGGCCAAACAUUGAAAUGAGUUAUCACAAAUAUUCAACCGGCUGUUACUUUGGUAAGGAUCAUAAUCAAUAUGACGAAUAUUUAGUGUACCAAAUUAUUAUAGUAUCGAGAAAGUGUUAUGUGUAAGUGAGCAUAGUAUAACAAUUCGGUAUCUCCAUACUUCUUUUUCAUCGUGUGUGCGGGUUAUUAUUGAGCAUAAGCCCCACACAUAACUCAUGUAACGACUACGUACUUACAUGAGUAAGUAGUAAUCGGGACCAAAGGCUUAACGUGCCUUCCGAAGCAUGGAUCAUAUUACUUACGGACAUUCGGGUGAUCAGCCUGUAAUGUCGUAACCAAAUUACGGAUGACAAAGUGAUUUUUGUGAUAUCCCCACCGGAAUUCGAACCCCGGGACCUCUGGAUCGUGAGUCUAACGCUCAACAACGGAGACAGUCACUCUCUAUACUGAUUAUGAACCAUACCGAACUAUAGGUUGGAAGAAAGUCUGUGGUAUACGAGUACUUUGAAUCGGGACAUAAUUUUUUGAUCCAUAAAAUUUUUGGUACAGUUUUGAACUUACUUUUUUAAUGUCAUACUUUUUAGGAACAGAAUAAAAUCAAAACUAAGUAAUUUAUAGUUACGGAAGUAUUACAGUAAUUUUGGAAAAAAACGGCAAUAACAAUAUUUAAUGAGAGACUUUUUAGGCUACGUUCCCCAAAAAAACUAUAGAUGGCCCUGUACAGAUUUGUCUUCAUUUAACCUUAUGAUAACGUCCCCACUGCUGGGGCAUGGGCGUUUCCUAUGGAUGGAUAGGGAGAUCGGGCCUUAAACCAUCACGCGGGCCCAUUGCGGAUUGAUGGUUAUUAACGACUGCUAAUGCAGCCGGGAACAACCGCUUAACGUGCCUUCCGAAGCAAGGAGGAGCUCGAGAUGAAAACUUUUUUUUGUGGUCACCCAUCCUCGACCGGCCUUUGCGAAAGUUGCUUAACUUCAACAAUCGCAGACCGAGCGCGAUUACCGCUGCGUCACCGAGCUCCUCCUGCAUCUUUAAUCUUUGUUUUUUGGGUUUAAAUGAUGACCCUUGUUAUUACACCCAAGCGCAACAGAUCAAAAUAACGAGAAGGAAUAUAGCUAGCAACAUAAUUCUAUACAUAUCUGAUCCAAAUAUCAAGUGACAAUUAUUUUUAUAUAUGCCUCUGCCAUUAGAAUAUACUUUUGAAUAAUUAUAUACUCGGGCAAUGAGAAAUUAGGUAAUUAUUACGUAAAUCUGGACAACGCUAUCUAUAUUGUUUUUGGGGAACGUGGCCUGUAAAUUCCCUCAUUGAUAUUUUAUAUUAUUUAUCACUACUGUACAUUACAACAUAAAGUCACGUUCUGGUAAUAAAACAGUUUAAUUUCAAGAUUAUUUCAGUUUGUUUAUUCACGUCUGAAUAUUUCAGCCAUUUUCUUUUUUAACUGUGCACAAAAUAUGGCUCUUUUUAAAAGUUGUUUUGGCAAAUGUCAAUUAAGUUAAACAGUCUCAAAGAGACGUAUGGAAUAGUGGAAAUGUCAUUGUUUUUUUUAUUGUUUCAAAAGUACCUAUUUUCAAAAAGUUGUGUGACAGUUCGUGGAUAUGGGAACGCGUUGGAAUAAUGGGAUAAUAAACCUUCAGUUUAUAAAAAAGUAUCUAGAAAUGGAAGCCAGUCGAGACGAUCAAAAAUCAAUCUCAUUUUUCGACUUGACCAGCGACAUAAAUGCUAAGAGAAAAUUAGAUCGAAAAAUAAAAUCUGGCUUAUUUUGGAAUUUAAAUUCAGAAUUACAUUAAAUCAAAAAAGAACUUACUUAUUUACAAAUUUAAAUUUAGAAUUACAGUCAUAAGAAUGAGAUUUUAUGUGUUCUUGCAAAUAAAUUGAUUUGAUUUGAUACGACGUUUGACCACUUUUAAUGAUGACGUCACCAUUUUAUAUUCGCAACAAAAUCCAUUAUAAAUAAACCGUUUUGACGUUUCAAAAAAGUUUUUCAUUUUACCGGUUUGUCAUCUAUAUUUUAAAGCAUUAGGAUCAUGCAAAUGAUGCACUAUGUUUAUUAUCUGAAGGUUUAGUAUCCCACCAAGAAAUAUUAAGUUAAAGAAUGUGUUUAAAUCAAUUGAUUCCAGUGAUUAUAAAAUUAUAAUUGAUGCUUUUUGUCAGGAUUGUGUAUGUGUUAUUUGUUAAAAGUCAGUCCGUUUUGAAAUUCAGUAAGUCUACGAAUAUUGGGGUUACAAUUCCUGAUUACGUCCAGCAAUCAUCAUCUCCAUAGCUUUAUACCGCUUACCUAACCUGAAGAUUUGACAGGUCCGGUUUUUUAUACAGAAGCAACUGCCUGUCUAACCUUCCAACCCGAGAAGGGAAAACCAGCACAAUACGGGUUAGGUUACUCUCUCUCUCUCCCCUUGGCAUUUAUUAUUCCCAUCUGAAGGUGGGGUCUGCCUUCUUCGUACUUCUUUUCCACUUCGCUCUAUCGGACGUGUCGUUCUCGGACAUUGCACAUGCACAGGUCCUUUUUUACCACAACCGCCCGCCCAUGUUGUUUUUGGUCGUCCUCUUGGUCACAUAUCUCCGAAAUGCAUUUCUCAGGAAUGUAUGUUUCCUCACAAUGUUUUCCUUCACCGCUGGGUACGAUUUAAUCAUGACUCAAUCGAUGAAAAAAGUCUUUCGAAUAAUAACGCUUGGGUGCUUUGAGUGUACUCAUUUCUGACAUUAUAAUUACCUGAUCACUUUUUUUCCAUGCGACACAGUUCUAAAGUUGCUUUUUACGUAUUUUUAGACGCAACUGUGCCUCCGUUAGUUAUUUUUUUAAUAGCUAGAGUUGUAAUGGGCGUGUAUCGACAGAGGGGUGGGUGGGACGACCAUAGCACCGCCCACUAUGCGGCCCUCGCCACCUGUACCACACACCAGAACGGAAUAUUGCUCGCUUACUUAAAUGCGAGCGAAAGAAAUCGAGCUAUUACUGCACACUUUGUUGAAUCUAACCAGAACGAUCCGUUUGGUAAGAGGAUAAAAUUCGAGUUCAAAAUGUCAAGAUAACAUCAUAUUAUUUAAAGCUGGUUUUGGAUGUAACGCGGUCAAAUGCAAACUUAUUGUUUUCAAUAAGGUAUUAUUAAUGAAUGUGGUGUGUGAAGUGAAGGUACGUAAUUAACAAUAUAGCAUCACGCCAGUAUCCACAAACGGGUAGGCAGAGGUAUAUGUAUAGUAUAGACACCCACUCCCUGCUGUUUUAAGUCCCAUGUAAUAGGGGGCAAACCUAUUGCCAUCAACCGGGCACAAAUCCUGGAAACCACGCUUGUGUCAAUUACCUAUGAACAAAAAACUCAAAGCUAUUUCAAUUAACGUAAAAAAAACUUAACUAAAACUUUAUAACACACAUUAAGUGGUGUUAUUGAUAUUCAUUUUGGUACCACACAGGUCACAUUGAAACAAUGAGAAACAUUCCAGGCUGCGUUCCUCAAAAACUAUAUAGAUAGCGCUGUACACAUUUUCCUUCGUUUAUCCGUCUAAUUUCAUGGAUAACAGCCAUUGGCCCCGAUUCCUGCAGACACCGCCUAAUUUUAUUUAAAGUUAUAUCCGUCAUUUUCAUAUCCGUCGAAAAGGAAAGGGACGGAUGAUUCACAGCUCUUAAUUUUAGGAAGAAUGAGUGAAUGAAUGAAUAACUCGGGCGAAUCAAAAGGUAUGUCGCUGGUAUGCAAUCCGUUUGACGUGCUGUCUACUUAACUGUGUCGGGCCUAUUAACCUGUUCAAUGUGGCCUAUUAACCCCCAAAACAGAUAGUUCGACGGACUGACUUUAACGGAUUACACAAAUUUUACGGAACGUACAGUCAUGAGCAAUAACAUGUACCCACUUUAGAACCCUGUCGCACUAUCAUAUUUGACAUUUAAUGAGACUUACGGUUUAAUUUGUAAAAAAAGUUAAUGUAACAAGGUUUCAGAGUGUAUACAUAUUAAUAAUGGGCUGAUGAUGAUGACUCGUGACCGUACGGUAGACCGUUUGUGCAAUUUUGUUUCCAAAUUUGGUAAGGAAAAUACGAAAAAGUCGUAGUAGAAAGUGACGAUUUUUACAUGGUGACAUAUCCAUUACAAGCAGAUUUUAUAUAUCCUUCACCAGCUUAUGUAAAGUGUUGUUAAUGUUGUAAAAGGUAUUGCAGUGAGCGUUACAUAAAUGUACCCAAAAAAACAGAUCCGUCAUCACAAAAAGAGCUUUUCUCACGAUACGUCACAAAAAUGACGUCCCAAUAAAAUUUAAUUGUAAUUUUUAUUAUUAUAUUAUUCACUUGUUAAAUUUACACACAUUUGUUUAACGAACACAGAAUAUUUUCGAGUUACAGCACUGUUUUAACAUUUUUGAUAUUUACAUUAAAUAUUCCAUUCCAUCCAUAUUUUCUCUUUUAUAGAAUAAUAUCGUAUUGUCCGUACAUAAAUAAAUGUGAUAUUGAUUGAAUUUCAUGAUUUGAUUUGAUCUCACUGGUUUUAAAAUUUGUUAAUUAUCGAUUUCGAUCCGUACGAUUACAAAAUAUUACUAUUAAGUAUUAUUAUAACUUAAACUAAACCAUAGAUGUCACUAGCAAGUUAUAUUUUAAGGACAUGCACAUUUUGUUUGUAAUUUAGGUGUUUGCUAGUCAAAACGGUAAAAAAUAAUUUCCCUUAUAUUUAUUUCAUUCUUACGGUUCUGACUUAACCAGUGAUAAAUUAUUUUAUGAGUACUAAAAAUAUGGAAUUAACGAGCAAAUAAAACCGUUCAAAAUUUCGUCCUUGAUUUUCUUUUUAUAUUGUACCUUAGAUAUAUAAUAUCAUAAUGCUAAUUCAUUUAUAUUUAAACUCUAGCGUAUGUAGUAUUAAAAUAAUAGUUUACAUUGUAAAUAUUUUGUAUAUAACUAUGAGUAGCAGUGAUGUUGGGAUAUUUUUCAUUGUAAGAAAUUUUCGUAUAGAAAUAAUUUCUGUCCGAAUUUGUCAUGUUGUUACCUUUAUGUUCUAGAACCUUCUAUGUUCCUUAACUUUGUAAGUACCUACUUUAAAGCCAAGAUGUUAUUGUCAAAUAGAGAGUGUUAAUAACAAACACUCAUGAAUACAUAUACAACGAUAGGUAUCAUAAAAAUGCAUAUUACGAGAACUUUUUAAUUUUUUUCACACAAGUUCACCUAAACAUUAGAUAAAACUAUACAUGUAAUUUAUAGUAAACAGCCUUUGAAUACUUGUGUCGUUUUUAAACUCCGAGAGUUUAAGCGAAUCAAGCUUAAGAGAGAAAGGCUUAUUUAAUUUUAGGCUUUAGUGCGCAGUAAAGGAAAUACGUAUUAUUUUCUUCGCUUAUCGCUAAUGGCUGUUCAGGGGGGUUAACAAGGUCAUAUCGAUUUAAAAAAAGCAAUAUUGCAAUGUGACAUUUGCACAUAUAAAAUUAAGCGCGCAGUGCACACAAACGUCAAAUAGCAAUAUUGCUUUUUUUUAGAUGAAUUGGGUAGUUUCCUAGGUCAGAGAUAAAUUAUGAAAUUCUGAUUACUAAAUAAAGAUAGAUCUAAAGGUGACAAAAUACGUUUUCGUAAGAAAAGUGUAAUAAUAAGUGCGACAUUUUCACAGGUUGCCUUUUCACACAAAUUCCAUAGUAAUUUCGUGUUUUGACGUUUAAUAAAAAGUAACUGAUUUGACUAGUUGGAAACUGGCCUAUUGCGAUGUGGCGUUUUUAAUCCCUAGGUCAUUUCUCCCGGACAUAAUCCACCUCUUUCCUAAAGUCUACUACGCGUCUACCACAGAAAAAAUAUUAUCUGUCGCCUACUCCAUAAAAUUCGUAUUUACAAUAAGUCACGUAUACGUGUUUUAAUAAUAUAUAAAAUCACGCUUAUACAGGAGGAUGCCCUGGAUACCCCCGAAAGGGUAAACAGGGGGUCAUGAGCAAUAUAAUGUACCCACUUUAGGACUCUGUCGCACUAACAUAUUUGACAUUUAGUCAGAUUUACAGUUCAAUUUGUCAAAAAAGUUAAUGUGACAUGGUACCAAAGUGCAUACAUAUUAAUGCUCGUGACAAUACAAUAUAUACAGUAUAUAUCUUCGCCAGCUAUGUUUAAGUCCCAUGCUGUAAUAAGGGGCGGGCCAAAUAAAAAAGGGGGCUGAAAAAGUGCUGUAAUAAGGGGGGAGGGGGAAAUAACCAGGCCUAAAUCGAAACCAUGCAUCAAUAGAUCUAAAGAUUAAUUCGAACGUCAUAUCGAUAAAAAGAAUAAAAGUGGACUUUUAAAAGGAAAUAAUGUGGCAAUGAGGGGCCUUUCAGGCGUCUUUCUCCAAAAAAAAAGAUGGCUCUGUACAGAGUUUCCUUUGUUUAACCUUCUAUGUUCAUAGAUAACAGACAUGUGCAACUUUUAUCUUUGUUUUUGGGGUAUAAAUGGUGACCCUUGUUAUUACACCCAGGCGCAACACAUCUUCCACCAAUUAUUAUUCUGACCAAAAUAAAAGAAGCAAUAUAGAUAGCAAUAUAAUUCUAUACAUGUCUGAUCCAAAUAUCAAGCAACAAUUAUUUUUAUUAUUAUAAUUAUGCCUCUGUCAAUACAUUUUAUUUUUGAAUAAUAAUCAAUCAAUCAAUAAUACUUUAUUGCACGACAUAUACAAAGGAUAUGAACAUACGAAUAAAAACAUAAGCACAUAAUUGAAAAAAAAAUUAAUGAAAAAAUAGGUAAUUAUCACGUUAAAUCUAUACAGCGCUGUCUAUAUUCUUUUUGGAGGCACAUAGCUUGGAAAGUUCUUCAUUAGAAAUGGUAAUUUUCCCAUUUUGGUCUUUUGGUAAUUUCUCCUACCAACUCCAUGCUAAAUCAUUUUAUAACUUAGUUGAACGACAACUCGCAAACUGUACAGUUCUAUCUAUAUAUUUCUUAAUUAAAUAGGUAUCAUCAACUAAGUAAUUUCCGAAAUUACACAAUAUUGAAAAAGUGAAUUGUAAAUUUAGCUUAGCUAGAAAAACUUUCCUUAACGAAAAUUGCUAAGUUACAAUGAACAGAAAAAAGUUGUAAGUUGAAAAUAUAAUUUUUGGAAUAGAUAUAAACAUAUUUAAAAAUAAUAUGACAGUUAAAAAUUAAUGAAUACAACGAAAAUAUGUAUAGUUCUUUCAUUUCUCAGUAGAUUUGUCAUCAAGACGCUUUCGUAUGUUUUAUUAAUAUUAAUCAGGAUUGGGAUAUAUUAACUAUUACCUUACCUUGAUAGCUAUUAAUUGUAAAUUGUGAAUGAAUCCUAGUAAUUUAUAAGAUCUUGUAUUAAAUUAAGAUAAUUGCGUCAUUAUUACCUAUUUAUGAUAAUACCUAUAGAUCAUGGUAUAAGAAAACUAGGUAUGCUUAAAACUGACAGCUAGCUUUUCAAGGUUAGCGCAGCUGACGUCAUCCCACCCUACGUUGCCAUUAAAAAAUAAAUUACCCACGUCCAAUGUUUUUAAUUCACUUUAAAAGGAAAUUUUGCACUGUAUUAUGUAUAUUAUGUACAGUUUUACUGAUUUUUAUAUAUGUGACUAAUAAUAAAAAUUAAAUACAUUAGUCAGUAAUUCACUUAAUUUUCAAUAAUAAAAUUUACGUCCUUGGAAUAUUGGAGAUACCACUUUAAUGGUAACACUUACGUCAUCAAAGGGCUAGCAAUGGCGGCUUGUUAUUGGACUGAGCAUACCUGGUCUUCAUAAACCAUGGAUGAUACAUAGUUUCAUUAUUAUUAUACAUCGUAUCUUCCAUUAACAUUACGUGACAUCACACAACUAACUUCGUCCAAAAGUAGAAAACUUUUUAAAAUUAGAUUCUUAAAAUUUUUCGCGAAAGUAUUGUUAGAACAGCCAAAGUUGUUAGAGGAUUUUUUUUUAAAGGAUGAUAAAAUUGACUAACUGUAUAAACUUAUAGUAAAUAUUUUCAAUGAUAAGUAGCGAGUAUUCGUUUUUCGAAUACAUUAUUUUUAUUAAAUUAUAUUUUCAAAUCAUGUUGGCUUCUGGUCUAGAUGAACGUUUACGCUACUAAACGUUUCGCCGCUUCCUUUUUGAUGCGAACAGCGAAGGAUUAGAACUCUGCCGUCGUCUGUAUUUCCAACUCGUUAUAAUCCGGGAGUGUUCACGGCUAGAGUGAAUAGGCACUUGCUAGGUAAGUGUGAUCCACCCUAGACCACAUCAUCAAUUACCAUCAGGUGAGAUUGUCAACAAACGCGAGCAAUAUUUAAUUUAAAAAAAGUAACUUUUUCAAAUACACAAUAUUGUUAUUCCUAAAACUCUACCAGCAUACACUAUCGCUUCCAGCAAAAGUUAAGGGCUCACGCACACACAAAAGGCUCGCCUAUAUUAUUUAAAAAACCAAACCAAAGGGGGUAUGAAGCAUACUCCACUGCGAGUUAUUUUGUUAUUUAGAUGAUGUCUGUGAUUACAAUUGUUGAUUCUUAACAAUAUAAAAUAGCAUAGCGCAUGUAUCCCCAUAAGUUGAUUCUUACUUGAAUCUAAAUAAAUGUUACCUACUUACCUAAAUAUUAUUUUAUUAAACAUUUAAAAAAAAGCUCACUAAGUACACGCGUUCAUUUUAACUCACAAAAAAAUGUUUCCUACUUAUCAAAGAAAAGUUUACAAUGAAUAAAUGUAAUUUGUAAUGUAGUCAAUUUUAUGCAUCCUGCCCUUAAAUGUAAAGUCCUGUAGAUAUAACAUCUCGUCCAUACAAGUCAGGUGCUUUCGUCACAAAACUUCCUAAAAUAAAAUAAAAAUUAAUACUAUUUGUAUAUUAAACUAUAGGAUUUUUUCUCCUUUUAGCGUUAAGAAGUCAGUAACAGCACAUAAUGUAAGUGGCAGUCCAUCACAAUAGCGUAGUCGACGAAUUUAAAAUUUAAAUUAACAUUUAUCUUAUUUAAGUUACUGUUAAGGUGAAAAAGUUGAAACUUUUAAAUUAAAAUGGUGUUUUGGAGCGCAAGGAAAAGCCAAAUAGAGAUAGGGGAAAUGAAUUCCAAAAUUAUUUUCUAAGUUGUACACGCGGUAAAGUUACUUGUUUGAUUUGUAGACCUUAAUUUGUACUUUGUAGGUACCAAAUUGCAAAAUAAUUUCUUGAUACGAGUGCAAAUUAGAAUUAUACCACCGUCUCAAAGUUACAAGUAGCUUUUUAAUAAAUUGGGCGUAAAUCGUUUAAGCUUACAUCUUUGUGAAUCAUGUGAAUCUAGUAGCCUAAAUAAUUGUACCUGUUAUAUUUAAUGGUGUACUUGUUUGUAAGCAAAGGGAUGGUUUAGUUCUGACGUGGAAAAUGUUUAAAGUAUUUCUUGUCAAAUAAACGAUAUGGUAAUCGUUUACUGUCA